AUGUCAAUCGAUAAGCUGGCUCCAUCCGCUGCGGCGCCUCCGGACGACAAUGUGCUCUGGAGGCAUCCGAAUCCCGAGUCGACUCCGAUGUGGGAGUUUCUUCAGCAUGUCAACAAGAAGCACAGGCUAAGCUUAGAUGGCUACCCGGCAUUGUACAAGUGGUCCAUUGACGAGGUGGCUUUGUUCUGGGAGGAAGUUUGGCACUUUGUGGGCAUCACGGCGUCUAAGCCGUUCGACAAGGUUCUUCCUUCUAACGCUCCCAUGUAUCCUCGUCCCGACUUCUUCUCAACUGCUCGUCUCAACUUUGCCGAGAACCUCCUCUUUCCCGCAACAUCUCCACUUCCCGAACCGGAUUCUCCAGCCGUCAUCACCGUUACCGAGCUCUCCGGCUCCACGGUGACAACUUCAUGGGCUGAGCUCCGAGAAGCCGUUCGCCGCUGCUCCAAUGCCCUGCGCGCGGCGGGCCUCAAGCCCAAUGACGUUGUCGCGGGCUUCGUAUCUAACCAUGUCGAGGCGCUUGUCGCGAUGCUCGGCGCUGCCGCAAUUGGCGCUAUCUGGACUGGAAUCAGUCCUGAUAAUGGCGUUUCGGCUGUUUUGGACCGUCUAAACCAGAUUGCGCCAAAGGUCCUGUUCGCUGAUAACGGCGCUGUCUACAAUGGCAAGGAGUGGUCCAGUGUCUCAAAGACGACCGAGAUUGUGAGCGCUCUGAAGGGCAAUGGACUUGAGACCGUGGUUGUUAUCAACAACAUCAGCGCAGGGGGGCUUGGUCUCGAGGAGAUCAGCAAGCAAGGAGUUUCGGCGGUCGAGUAUGCCAAGUUCCUCGACUCAGCCUCUGACGAGGCGGUAAAAUUUGAGCAGCUCCCUCCAUCGCACCCUCUCUAUGUCCUCUACUCGAGCGGUACUACUGGACUUCCCAAGGCCAUUGUGCAUACGGCACUUGGUACGCUCCUGCAGCACAAGAAGGAGCAUCUGCUUCACUGCUCGCUCACUUCAUCGUCCAGGAUGCUCUACUACACCACGACCUCGUGGAUGAUGUGGCACUGGAGCAUCGGUGCCCUUGCAGUCGGCGCUACAGUCAUCGUCUACUCUGGCUCGCCCUUCCGCCCUCACUCUCACCUCUCUAUCCCACGUCUCCUUUCCGAGUUUGAGGUUACUCACUUUGGUACUUCGGCCGCCUACUUGACUGCCCUUGAGGCCAACAACGUCUACCCUAUCCGCGACAAGUCCAUUGACCUUUCCAAACUCCAGGCCAUCUACUCGACUGCCUCGCCUCUACCUCCUUCCACCUUCAAGUUUGUCUACGAGGCUUUCCCGAAGCACAUCAACCUCGGCUCCAUCACCGGAGGCACAGACAUCAUCUCCCUCUUCGGUGCGCCCUGUCCACUCCUCCCUGUGCGUGUCGGUGAGAUUCAAUGUGCCGGUCUUGGUAUGGCUAUUCGUGCCGUCGACUCUGUCACGGGAGAACCGAUCCCGGCUGGUGAGCCUGGCGACCUCCUCUGCGUCAAGCCCUUCCCGUGCCAGCCCCUGACUUUCUUCGGCGCCAACGGCGAGGCCAAGUAUAAAUCGGCCUACUUCGAUCGGUUCGAGAAUGUUUGCGGUGUAGAUGGACCAGUAUGGCACCACGGUGACUUUGUGCGAAUCCCCGACCCUGGAACGGGAAGCCUCGUCAUGCUGGGUCGAUCAGACGGUGUUCUGAAGCCCUCGGGUGUGCGAUUCGGAUCAGCCGAGAUCUACAACAUCCUCACACGCUUCUUUGCCUCGGAGGUCGAGGACGCUGUAUGUAUUGGACGCCGGAGAGAAACAGACACAGACGAGACGGUGUGUCUCUUUGUGGUGAUGGUUCCCGGGCAAAAGUUUGGUGAUGACCUGCGCACACGCAUCAAGGCCAAGAUCAAGGCCGAGCUGAGCCCACGACAUGUCCCAGGCGUCGUGGAGGAGUGUGGCGGAGGUGUGCCCAAGACGGGCAACGGCAAGAAGAUCGAGGUGGCAGUCAAGCAAAUUCUUUCUGGUCUCAACGUCAAGACCAAUGCGAGCGUUGCUAACCCAGAGGCGCUGGAGUGGUUCAGGGAAUGGGCAAGUACACACUAG